UAUUUAGACCAUGGCACUCCUUCCGACGAAAAAUAAGUGGUGGUGCGUCAGCAGGCUUUCACCCCGUAACAGUCGUACUAUAUAAUUUUAUUUCGUACUAAUUUAAAAAUACACAGCAUCGUAGUAGUCACCUCACCACAAAUGAACUGACUGCCAUACUGCCGAUCAUUUAACCUCGGCAUUAUUAAUUAAAAUUCACCUUGAUUAAUUAUAAUUUUGAUUUAUUUUUUAUUUACGUAAUUUUCUGCCAGAAACAGAUAUUCUCAGAAAUAAAAGUCUGAAGUGAAAGUAAGAGAAAUGUUGAGAAUGGAGCUGUUGAACAAUAUCGCGUCCUCUCCGGAUCCCCUGCAUCAAGUGGAUAUCGUUUAUAAGCGUCCAUUGGCCUAUUCCAAGAUGGAGUCGCUUAUCAAAGAGAUGCAAGACGAGGAGACGGGCGUACCUGUGAGGAGUCAGAAAGUGUUCCUGUCCUCCAUUCCGGCCGCGUUUGCGGGUUAUGACAUUAUCGAAUGGCUCAUGGAAAGAUUAAGCAUUGAAGACUCUGUGGAAGCAAUCCAUUUAGCCAACCUGAUGUGUCAGCACGGCUAUUUCUUCCCCGUGGGGACAAACAACAAUCCAAACAUGAACUUUUCAGUGAAGGAUGACUCCAGUUUGUACAGAUUUCAGACUCCAUACUAUUGGCCAAAUCGGACUUCUUUAUCCAAUGCCACAGACACUUCCGUAGACUAUGCAAUUUAUUUAUCUAAACGAACCCUUCGAAACAAGCAGAAACAUGCCCUUGAUGAUUAUGAACUAGACGCGUACAAUGAUUUGAGAAGAUGCUUGGGUCACAAGUGGGACUUUGUUUCGAUGCAGGCGGAUGAACAGGUUCGACUCAGUAAAGAUCGCAAGAAGCAGGACAAAGUAGUCCUCGACAGUCAAGAGCGAGCCUACUGGCGCGUCGUGCGACCACCGCCCGGCGUCCACUGUAGUAUCGAAACUCCGCCUACUUUCAAUACACAAAACACGGCCAAAACCAUCCGAAAAACAAACAACAUUCUGUUAGAAGACUUGCGAAAUGAGGUUGAUUUACUGCGAAAUUCCUGCAUUAGGACAAGAAUCAAGGUCUCCUGUGCGCUUGAGUCGCUAUCCUCUCACUGCGAGUCUUACCAUGAACACGACCCCAUCCUAGUGCAAAGACAACCCUCAAAUCCUUGGCAUUCGGACGAUCCUACAUUUUGGAUUUUGAAUGCAGACGUAAUUGACGUCCCCACCGAACGAAGACUCAAGAAGUGGGCGAUUUCAAUGGAAGAUUUAAUCUUCGACCCGUCCGGGGUCCGAGAAUUCACGACAUACCUGAAGAAAGAGUAUUGUCAUGAAAAUAUUCGAUUUUGGCUUGCCGUUCGUGACAUGAAAUUCGGCCCCGUGUCCCUCUUUCGAGUCAAAGCCCAACAAAUUUUCAACGAGUUCCUAUCGCCGGGUUCCCCUUGUGAGAUAAAUAUCGACAUGAGGACUCGUGUAACAAUGGAAGCAGUCCAGAAGGAAUUGAACUAUCUUGUCCCUUCACGAUUCACCUUUGAUCCGGCUGCUGAGCACGUUUAUAUGCUUCUCCUAAAAAAAGACUGCUAUCCGAGAUACAUAAGGUCGGAGCAGUAUAAGAAUCUGUUGCACCAGUCGCAGCAAGUUAGUCUCAAGAACAAUUCGAAGCGAUUAGACAAAUUUUUUAGUUUUGUGGUAGAAAGGAAGAAAAAGACAAGUACGACUGAUGACCAAAAGGUUAAAGUUGCAGAUUUGAGUAGUCUGCACCAACAAGAAAACUUGUCCAGCUUAGCAGAUAACAUUCCCUAUAGGGGAGACCUCGACAAUAAUCAGCAGAACUUGUCCGGACAAAACAGUCUGGAUGACGUCUGUUGCCCGUGGGAGACGUCAAGUAGCGUAAAGUCUGACAGAACGACUUCAACGGAUAGAAUUCAUAGGGUAGAACCUGUGAAGCAGAUUUCUUUAAAGUCAGAUAAAUCUGACGUAGUAGUCGUACCAAAGCAGAAAUCACUAGAUGACCAUUCAUCCACAAAAGUUGAGGUGGUAACUGUAGAAGAAAGGCCGAAGAAGAAAAUUGCUGAGGAUGCCGAAAUGCCGUCGUCAUCAUCUUCAUCCGUUAUACUAGCUACUACUCCUGCCACUCCAGUACCCGUGGCGGUGGUGCCAUUACAAGCCGAGUUGAAGAAACAAUUGUCCAAACAGAGUUCCAAUGCUUCCAGAAAAUCACAAGAACUAACCACGACCACCCUGACGCCAAUUUCCACAUCUCCGCCUUCUGCUGCUAUACUUCCAUCAUCCCCUCCUCCUCCUCUCCCUUCAACUUCACUUCACUCUGUGACUGAAGCAAUCCCUUCAACUUCAACAAGCUUGCCCCCACUGUAUCGACAAGCAUCAGUCGAGCGUCCUGUUGUGCCGGAGGCAGUAGAAGUGGCGGAAAAGACAGAAACAAUAAGUCAUAGUACUGCCCAACAACAAGUCCCGACAGUAGAACCAUCAACAUCAUUAUCCACAUCGCAAGAAAAAACGGAACUGAAGAAGCAACUCAGCCGCAAGAAAUCGACAGCAUCAUCCACAUCUUCGGCCGAGAUUUGUCCUUGGGAGGUCGAGAACGGAAGCGCCCCCGAACCUACAUUCACAAAAACAUAUUCAACGCUUGGGUUUAUCUGAGCUCUCCUCAGAGUAAAAUUUAGUAGUAUAUCAAGAUUGGGAUAUUCAUCACUUGGCUACUUAUAAAAACUUGAUAAUGUGAUAAUAAAUUAUAUUAAUUAUA